AUGAAGCUGAGCAUUGCGGCAUACGUUAUAGCCGCCUCCAGCCUUGUAACAGCUUCAAACUCUUUUGCGGGAUCCAGCUUGUAUUUCCUGCCAGGACUUUCGACAACCGACCAAGCCUACUACAUCAACACCCUCGCCGGUUAUGGAGCCAAGGUCGUUCGAAUCUGGGUCAACCAGCUCGACACCGGCUGCGUCAAAGGCAGCAAUGUCGUUACAAGCGUUCAGGACUUCGAAACAACCAUCGGCCAGUACAACUGGGACUCUCUAGCCAAAAUCGACAAGGUUCUCGCCCAACUGGCGGCAAAGGGAAUGAAGGCCAUCAUCUCCCCCCACGACGGCAACGUGAUUCACAACGGCGACGUCGAUGGUAACGGCUGCGACAUCUAUUGCACGACUUACGGCACCUCCUUCUACGGCAACUCAAACGCUCAGACCCAGUACGACGCUCGCAUCAAGGCCAUUCUGACGUACAAGUCUCCCAGCAGCGGACUGCAAUGGGGGAACUGGUCCCAGGCUAUUCUGGCGUUUGACCUCCAGAACGAGCCUUUCCAGUUCACCUUUGAUGGGGCGAACAACGAUCCUUCCAACUGGCUGUGCAACAGGGCAACGAACUUUAAGAAGUACAUUACGGAUUCGAACAUCAAGGUCGCGACUGGAGGCAUCGGCGGUGACCAGGUUCAUGGUUACAACUUGCUUGGCAAGGCGUUGACGUGCUCUAACAUUGACAUUAUGAGCAUCCAUGCGUAUGUUGGCCAAGCAAACACCUGGGGUGCUCUUUUACCAGGCUUUGAGUCUACUGCUGCGUCCAACAAGAAGCUGCUCCAUGUCGAAGAAUGGGGAGUGCAAACCGACUACAGCUCUGGUUUCGACGACCAAGCGGCCUCUCUCAAUGCGCAGGGCAUUCCAUGGACAUACUGGCAGAUGAUCCCUGGAUCGGACGGCACCCAAUCCUGCAGCAGUGGCUGUUGCACCGGCUACGACGGCUUCGAAGUCGGCUUCAACAGCGGCAAGGGAAAUCUGCAAUAUGCCAUCUCCCAAGCCAACAGCCAGACGACCAAACAGGACUGGAGCUUCGUCGGGGCGCCCCCCAAUGGAGGAGGCUCUAACCCUCCGCCGCCUCCUCCUCCUUCAAACGAUUAUCCGUGUGAUGGCUGUACUUGGGGACUCUAUUUAGAUGUGAGGGCUGGAACUGCAACAGUACUUCUCCCUGUCAGUCGGCCUACUCUUGCGUGGGAGGAUACUGCAAGGACUGCACCUGGGGAUGCGGGGGUUGGAAUUGCAACUCGACUCAGCCGUGUAAUGCAGAUUACACGUGUGUUGAUGGCGUGUGUCAUCACGCUGGGCCGGCAACUGGCAAGUGUUAGAAGCAGUAUGGCGUGUGUUGGUUCUCUGGCGGAUGUGAGCAUCCGAGAUACGCAAGGGUUUUGGAGGAACAAUGUCAGCUGA